AUGUUCAAAUACUUCGCACUCGUUUUUGUGGCCCUCUUCGCCUUCGCUGCUGCUGAGCCUAAACCCAGUGUCAUCGCCGCGCCAUUCGCAUACUCUGCUCCAUUGGUGGCCUCGCCCUACGCUGCUGCAUAUGCUGCCCCUUACGCUGCUUACGCCGCCGCUCCUUAUGCCGCCUACGCUUCACCCUAUGCUGCCUACUCCGCUUACCCCUACAGCCCCUACAGCGCCGCCUAUGUGCUCCGCAAGUAA